GCCACGAUGCACAUAAAGAGGUACCUGCUCAAGUGCCUGCACCGGCUGCAGAAGGGCCCUGGCUACACGUACAAGGAGUUGCUGGUGUGGUACUGUGACAACACCAACACCCAUGGCCCCAAACGCAUCAUCUGUGAGGGGCCCAAGAAGAAGGCCAUGUGGUUCGUGCUCACCCUGCUCUUUACCUCCCUCGUCUGCUGGCAAUGGGGUGUCUUCAUCAGGACCUACCUGAGCUGGGAGGUCAGCGUCUCCCUCUCCAUCGGCUUCAAGGCUAUGGACUUUCCCGCCGUCACCAUCUGCAACACCAGCCCCUUCCAGUACUCCAAAGUCAAGCAUUUGCUAAAGGACCUGGAUGAACUGAUGGAGGCAGUCCUGGAGAGGAUCCUGGGUCCUGAGCUCAGCCAUGUCAACGCCACCAGGGCCCUGAACCUCACCCUCUGGAACCACAUGCCCCUGGUCUUUAUCAAUGAGCAGAACCCCCAUCACCCGGUGGUUCUUGACCUCUUUGAGGACAACUACAAUGGCUCAGCAAGCAGCACCCCAGCACCAGGAAGGACCUGCAGUGCCCACGGAUGCAAAGUAGCCAUGAGACUAUGCAGCCACAAUGGGACCACGUGCAAUUUCCGGAACUUCAGCAGCGCCACCCAGGCCGUGACGGAGUGGUACACCCUGCAGGCCACCAACAUCUUCGCACAGGUUCCAAACAAGGAGCUGGUGGCCAUGGGCUACCCCGCCGAGCAGCUGAUCCUGGCCUGCCUCUUCGGGGCAGAGCCCUGCACCUACAGGAACUUCACACCCAUCUUCAACCCUGAUUAUGGCAACUGUUACAUCUUCAACUGGGGCAUGAAGGAGAAGGCCCUCCCUUCAGCCAACCCCGGAGAUGAUUUUGGCCUGAAGUUGAUCCUGGACGUGGGCCAGGAAGACUACGUGCCCUUCCUCACGUCCACGGCCGGCGCCCGGCUGAUGCUUCAUGAGCAGAUGUCGUACCCCUUCAUCAAAGAAGAGGGCAUCUUCGCCAUGUCGGGGAUGGAGACUUCCAUCGGGGUGCUGGUGGACAAGCUGGAGCGCAAGGGCGAGCCUUACAGCCAGUGCACCGUGAACGGCUCCGACGUCCCCAUCCGAAACCUCUACAGCGACUACAACACGACCUACUCCAUCCAGGCCUGUAUUCGCUCUUGCUUCCAAGACCACAUGAUCCAUAACUGCAGCUGUGGCCACUACCUGUACCCGCUGCCCCGCGGAGAGAAAUAUUGCAACAACCAGGAAUUCCCAGACUGGGCCUAUUGCUACUCGGCCCUGCGCAUGAGCCUGGCGCAGAGGGAGACCUGCAUCGAUGUCUGUAAGGAGUCCUGCAAUGACACGCAGUACAAGAUGACCAUCUCCAUGGCCGUCUGGCCUUCUGAGGCCUCUGAGGACUGGAUUUUCCAUGUGUUGUCUGAGGAGCGGGACCAGAGCCCCAAUAUCACCUUGAACAGGAAGGGAAUUAUCAAGCUCAACAUCUACUUCCAAGAAUACAACUAUCGCACCAUUGAGGAGUCAGCAGCAAAUAACAUCGUCUGGCUGCUCUCAAAUCUGGGAGGACAGUUUGGCUUCUGGAUGGGGGGCUCGGUGCUGUGCCUCAUCGAGUUCGCGGAGAUCAUCAUCGACUUCGUGUGGAUCACCAUCAUCAAGCUGGUGGCCCUCGCCAAGAGCCUGCGGCGGAGGCGGGCCGAGGCCCGCUACAAUGGCCCGCCGCCCACCGUGGCGGAGCUGGUGGAGGCCCACACCAACUUUGGCUUCCAGCCUGACAGGGCCACACACGGCCCCGAUGCUGGGCCCCACCCCCAUGAGCAGACCCCGCCCAUCCCAGGCACCCCACCCCCCAACUACGACUCCUUGCGUCUGCGGCCACUGGACGUCAUUGAGUCUGACAACGAGGGCGAUGCCAUCUAG